GCCGCUUACAGAGUCGGAGGCGAUGCGCAGUUCUGCAGGUGACGAGCGCGGAAGUGAAGGCAACAGUGACGCUGAUGCUGCGCUGGACCCGCCAGUCUCCGGUGCCUCUGUGUCCAGCUCCCCGCCAAAUGAUACCAAGGAGGAGAAGCGGUCGCGUCUAUUCCGUAGUGCGACUAGUGGCGGCAACCUGACUCCGGCCGCGGCCGCCGCGCGCAAGAAGAACUCUCUCGCAGCUGCCGAGCGACCGCUCUCCGCGCACGAUCUGCCCGCACAGAGCCCCACCACCACUGAGCCGCGGCGCACACUGGUGGAGCAGGUGGGGCGCGUGCUGGGCGAGGAGGGCCCGGUGCCGGAGUGCGUGGCGGUGUGCGGUCCCGCCGCCGCGCUCGCGCUGCAGGCGCUCGCCGUGCCCGCGCUCGUCCUCGCCCCGCCGCAAGUACCCGACGUCCGCCCCCUGCUGCAAGCUAUAUACGCCAGGGCUGUCAAACA